ACCCUUUUUUCCACAGGUGUAAUCCUAUACAUCCUCCUGGUGGGUUACCCUCCUUUCUGGGAUGAGGACCAGCAUAGGUUAUACGCCCAAAUCAAGGCUGGAGCUUAUGAUUAUCCAUCACCAGAAUGGGACACGGUAACUCCAGAAGCCAAAAACCUUAUCAACUCAAUGUUGACUGUUAAUCCAGCCAAGCGUAUUACUGCUGCUGAAGCACUGAAGCACCCAUGGAUCUGCCAACGUGAGCGUGUAGCCAGUGUGGUGCACAGGCAAGAGACUGUCGACUGCUUGAGAAAAUUCAAUGCCAGAAGAAAGCUAAAGGGUGCGAUCCUGACGACAAUGCUGGCGACUCGCAACUUCUCCAGUAAGUACGAAGCACAGGGUAAGUGGGCAUCCCCUCUAGGCGGCAGUGGAACCCUAACCUCCCCGCUGACUGACUCCUUGUACCCCAGUUUAAGACUCCCCUCAAUCAAGUCAUUGCAAUGCCAUAUGUUCAAGUUGUGGAAUCAUCAUGCUGAGAGGAAAUGGCAUAGCUUUGAGUUGGGACUGGAACGAGCGCUUGUAAUCCAGAGUGUCCUAUCAUGUGCUGCUCACAUUCACUUGUUGGAGCACACUUCAUUUUCAGUAUACGGAAGUGGGUUGGAAUUAAUGGCACCAUAGAUUACAAGUGUCCUUUCAGGAUGGGUUAUUGGGGGGAGUCAGGGGCUGAUGAUAUAAGCACUCCUACCUAAGAUUCUUUGCACUCCUCUGGGUCAUGAUCUUUGUGAAGUUAAAGAUUAUCCAUGUAUCUGCCCUAAUGGCUUGUGGUCAUCCUAUUCGUGGACUCUUUAGUAGAGAAUAGACAGAAGUCCCUGUGUUCACGCUUUUAGUGCAAUGUCCAAAUCUUUGCUAGAUUUUGGAAUGUAAUUUGAUAAAGAGAGAUACAAAGUGGUAAGAGACGUUGCAAGAAGCCUGAAGGAAUGGGACAUAUUUUCAUUUAGUGUUUUGAUGUUACCAUAUUUUAUGUUGCAAUAAAUCUAACAACUGGUGUCAAGAGCUCACCACAGAUGUGAUAAAUAAUAUCAGUGAGGGCGAAUUUAAAGCAGGUAAUGGCCACGUACGUGUGUGAGCUGUUGUACAUUUAACGUCUUUCAGAUUAUUGUCUUACACGUACAGUAUGAUGAACCAUU